GCUUUCUAUCCUGAUUCUCUCGAUUUCUGCAACGACAAUGUCUUUGGGUCUUGCCAGCCUUGACUAGUACGGGGUCACACUGCGUGUGUUUCCAAUAUGCCUUUUUUCUAUCACUUAAUAAAGCUCAAGCCCGUCCUUGUUUGAAACUGCAUCUCUUAUUGAUUCGAAAAGCAUUGAAUCUGUUGUUUCGCAAAUGGCUUCAGAACUAGAUAUUGGGACUAGCUUCAUCCCAUCACUAUACAAACCUCCGUCGUUGCUCCCGAUUGCAAGGCACAAGGAGAGCCUGUUAUAUCUUGUCGAAAACUAUCCUGUUACCAUUGUCGUUGGACAAACUGGAAGCGGUAAAACAACGCAACUACCCCAGUAUCUUGAUCAAGCAGGAUGGUGUGGAGAUGGAAAAUCUAUUGCUGUGACACAGCCCCGUCGCGUGGCCGCCACGACCGUGGCCGCCAGAGUCGCAGAAGAAAUGCGCUGCAAACUAGGCGAGGAGGUGGGCUAUUCAAUUCGUUUUGAAGACCAGACGUCGGCUUCAACAAGGAUCAAAUUCUUGACGGACGGAAUGUUACUCCGAGAAGCCCUUGUAGAUCCUCUGCUAUCCCGCUACUCAGUAAUCAUGGUGGACGAGGCACAUGAAAGGUCCCUUAGCACCGAUAUCCUGUUGGGAGUGCUGAAGAAAAUAAUGAAAAAACGCCCCGAACUUCGGAUAGUGGUCAGUAGUGCAACCCUACAAGCCGAAGAGUUUUUGCGCUUUUUUGCCGGAGAGGAGUUCCAACCUGAGUCGGAGCUUGGCCACAUUGGGGGGAGUAUUGGACGAAUUAUUAGCCUUGAAGGACGAAUGUAUCCGGUUGACAUGCUUUACCUCGAAUCGCCUGCGGAGGACUAUGUUGAGCGAGCCGUGAAAACCGUGUUUGACAUCCACCUGCAGGAAGCUGAAGGUGAUAUUUUGAUCUUUCUCACGGGCCGGGAGGAAAUUGAAACAGCAAUCCAACUAAUUUCCGAGCGUGCAGCGAUGCUUCAUCCAAAGGCGCAGGCUUUACUCCCGCUCCCUCUAUACGCUGGUCUUACAACCGACCAGCAGAUGUACGUUUUUGAGCCUUCACCAGAGAACACACGCAAAGUCGUUGUUUCGACGAAUAUUGCAGAAGCUUCGGUCACUAUCAACGGGAUCGUUAAUGUCAUAGACUGCGGUUUCGCCAAACUAAGAGCUUACAACCCCACUACGGGUAUAGAAACACUGACGGCUGUGCCCAUUUCGAAAGCAGCAGCUGUUCAACGUGCUGGUAGAGCUGGGAGGACAAAACCCGGGAAAUGCUACCGCCUCUAUACUCAGCAAGCUUAUGAGCAACUCCCCGAAAUGACUAUACCGGAAAUCCAGCGAUCCAACUUAGCACCGGUGAUAAUGCAACUGAAGGCCUUGGGAAUCGACAACAUAAUCCGGUUUGAUUUCCUAACAUCGCCUCCUGCGGACCUCGUGAUUCGUGCAUUCGAGCUUCUUUACUCUUUAGGAGCGGUUGACGAUUACGCCAAGUUAACAAAACCUUUAGGUUUGCGGAUGGCUGAACUCGCAGUUGAUCCUAUGAUGGCCAAGGUCCUCCUCUCUGCGCAGUCAUUUGGCUGUCUAAGCGAAAUUUUAUCCAUUGCCGCCAUGGUCAGUCUACAGGGAUCCGUCUGGGUGCAACACGAUGGGGAUAAACGGCAAUCCGAGAGCACUCGCAGAAAAUUUGCCGUCGAAGAGGGGGAUCACUUAACAUAUUUAAACGUCUACCAGGCGUUUGUGACCAAGGGAAAGAAAGAAACCAAGUGGUGCCGCGACAAUCUCUUGAACUACCGAUCUAUGCAAAGAGCAGUCAGCAUAAGGGCGCAACUCCAGCGAUACCUUGAGCGUUUCGGUAUUAAAGCGGAUGAAAGUCCCCUGUCUCAUUCACGACAAGCAGAUCUCGGGAAGCCGUCUGAGAAAAUCCAACGUUGUCUAACAACUGGCUAUUUCGCCCAUGCUGCGCGGAUGCAACCGGACGGAACCUUUAAGACGGUCAGUGGAGGCAUAACGCUUCAUGCCCAUCCAAGUUCGUUGAUGUUUAAUCGAAAAGCGGACUGGGUCAUCUUCCAUGAGAUUUUGCAGACAGGCGAGAAGACGUUCAUUCGUGAUAUCACAAAGAUAGAGAAGAGCUACCUUCUUGAAUAUGCUCCGAACUACUACAAAUCACAAUGAUUGGAGCUAUCAUGUCAGAUAUGACUAGAUGGUAGCCGUCUAAUACUUGACCGACAGCGUCGUAAUCCACGUUGAAUUUGUCCCUGCAACCAUGUAACCUGUAUAGUUGAGACAAUGAUGGGCGGAGAGGCGCACAAUAUUAGCAUACAUGGUCCGAAAAUACAGUAUGUUCCAAUGGAAUACUUGC